GUGGUUGUAAAUAAUUUGGAACCAUUACACGCACGCGAGCACGCGCUCCGCACUGCAGUCACUUUUAGAAGCCUGUAAAAGCUGGGACAAAGCUAUGCAAUAAGUUAACCGUGCAAGAUAUCGUUCCACAGUCAUAUUCAGGAUUUGGAUAGUGCUAUUUUAAGGUCUUCAAGGAUGGAGCCAAUUUGUGCCAUGGGAGUUGCUGCUCGCUUGAGGAGUGAGUGGGACCGAAACGAGGGAUUUGGACAGAACCACAUGGCCCUGAAAUUCUUGGGCCAGGAUUUUGAGUCCUUGCGUACUCGCUGCCUUCAGAGUGGACAUCUGUUUGAGGAUGAUAUUUUCCCAGCCCAGCAGUCAUCCUUAGGAUUCAAGGAGCUGGGCCCCAACUCUAGCAAAACCAGAGGUGUGCGCUGGAUGAGGCCAACGGAGUUCUGCUCUGACCCACACUUUAUCGUAGAUGGGGCUACACGCACUGACAUCUGCCAAGGGGCUCUAGGUGAUUGUUGGCUGCUGGCGGCCAUUGCGUGCCUUACACUAAACGAACCCUUGCUGCGACGGGUGGUUCCUCAUGGCCAGAGCUUCCAUCAGCAAUAUGCCGGAAUAUUUCACUUCCAGUUUUGGCAGUUUGGGGACUGGGUGGAUGUGGUGAUUGAUGACCGGCUGCCUGUCAGAGACGGAAAGCUGCUUUUCGUCCACUCAGCUGAGGGAUCAGAGUUCUGGAGCGCCCUGGUGGAGAAGGCUUAUGCAAAGUUGAAUGGCUGCUAUGAGGCUUUAUCCGGAGGCAGCACAUCUGAAGGCUUUGAGGACUUCACCGGUGGAGUGACUGAGAUGUAUGAGCUGAAAAACGCUCCACCAAACCUUUUCAGCAUCAUCACACGAGCUGUGGAGAGAGGCUCCCUCAUGGGCUGCUCUAUAGAUAUUACAAGUUUUUUUGACAUGGAGGCCAUCACCUUUAAAAAACUAGUGAAAGGCCAUGCCUACUCCAUUACCGGAGUGGACGAGGUGGAGUACAGACGAAGCCAGACCAAGCUGCUGCGCAUCAGAAACCCUUGGGGAGAGGUGGAGUGGACGGGACCCUGGAGUGAUGAGUCAAAGGAAUGGCGUGAAAUCGAUGCAUCUGUGAGGUCUCGUCUGCACAACUCUCAAGAAGAUGGAGAAUUCUGGAUGGCGUUCAGUGACUUCAAGCGAGAGUUCAGCAGACUGGAGAUCUGUAACCUGACAGCGGAUGCGCUCCAGAGCCGAGAGGUGAAAAAGUGGAACUCAUCGCUGUAUCCUGGUGAAUGGAGAAGAGGAUCCACUGCUGGCGGAUGCAGGAAUUAUCCAGCAACAUUUUGGAUCAAUCCCCAGUUUAAAAUAGUGCUGAAGGAACCAGAUACUGACAAUCAAGAAGGCUGCACUUUUCUAGUGGCUCUGAUGCAGAAGAAUCGCAGACAGUUACGGAGGGAGGGCAAAGACAUGGAGACCAUUGGAUUUGCCAUUUAUGAGGUCCCUAAAGAGUAUCUUGGUCGGGUUGGUGUGCAUCUGAAGCGGGAUUUUUUCCUCAAGCACACGUCCAGCGCUCGGUCAGAGCUCUUCAUCAAUCUUCGAGAAGUGAGCUCACGCUUCUCACUGCCAGCAGGAGAGUAUAUCAUCGUCCCGUCCACUUUUGAGCCCCAGAAAGAAGGAGACUUUGUGCUCAGAGUGUUCUCGGAAAAGGCGACCGACUCGCAGGAGUUAGAUGAUGAAAUUUCAGCAGACGUCCCGGAGGAGCCCGUGCUACAGGAGAGCGACAUCGACGAGGGCUUCAAGGCACUUUUUGCAAAGCUGGCAGGGCCGGAAAUGGAAAUCAAUGUGGCAAAACUUGAGAUGAUUCUGAAUCGGGUUGUCAGCAAACAUAAAGAUAUAAAAACAGAUGGAUUUGGCAAAGAGACUUGCAGAGGCAUGAUAAAUCUCAUGGAUACUACUGGGACUGGAAAGCUGGGACUGACAGACUUCCAUGUGCUCUGGGAGAAGUUCAAACGAUAUCUUGCAGUCUUUAGGGAGUUUGACAUAGACAAGUCUGGCACAAUGAGCUCUUAUGAAAUGCGUCUCGCUUUAGAAUCAGCAGGCUUUAAGUUGACCAACAACCUGUUCCAGCUGAUAAUCCUGCGCUAUGCAAAGUCAGACCUCAAUGUGGACUUUGAUAACUUUGUGGCCUGUCUGAUCCGCCUUGAGACUAUGUUCAAAACGUUUAAAACAUUGGACGCUGAUGAAGAUGGACUUGUAUCCUUCAGCUUUGCCCAGUGGAUCACCCUCACUAUGUUCACAUAGAUGGAUGUUCCUAUUCAUCAGUGCUUUUACUGUCUGAUUUCCCUUCUUGACUACAUGCCUUUAAUUACUUUAGUAGUUUUUAUGAAGUGGAUUUCUGAUAUGGCAUGCUUUUCAUUCAAUAUUACUGGAAAGGAAAGCAAAUAUCAAGAUGCAAUAAGCAUUAUAGCCUGUAAAAGAAAUGAACUUGAUUUUUUGUUUACACUUAUUCAAAAAAAAAAAAAAAAGAUGCAUUACAUUGAUUGAAAAUGAAAGUCUAGACAUUGCUAAUGUUAUAAAAGAUUUCGGUUUUAAAUAAUUUAUUUUUUACUAAAAUAAUCCUGAAAAAAUGGUGUGUACAUAAAAGUUUACAUCCAUGUAAGCGGUAUCUGUGCAAAACUGACAGUAUUUGAGCCAAUAAACAUUUGAAGUCAUAAACUGUGAAAUAGAUCAACCUUUGUUUAAGCUCCACCAAUUUUGGUGGUUGAUCAUAACCAAGUGUGCCUCACACAACCUAAAAAAUGAAGCCAAAGCAUUUUAGUCGCCCCCUGGUGGCUGGCUGUAAUAUAGGCCUCAAACUGCCUUCUCUAUGUAAAUGAAUGGGAUUUGAGACAAACUUAAAGCAGUACUAAGCUACAAUUGCCAAACGAUGUUGAUAUUUGAAAGAAUCAAACAAGCAUGUCCAUAAUCCAACAUGACCCCACCCCUUUUUCUGCUGCUGUUGUCACUAGGUACGCCCCUUACUACGGAUUGGCUGCUCAACAAUAUAGUCACAUACAUUUUUCAUAUACUGCUAGAGUCACUUUAAAGAAACAGACUUGGUAAAGUCUCAGUUGUCCUGUUAUUAUAAUCAUGUGACUUCCAUAAUUCUAUAUUUAUGGUCAUCUCUCUGUUGUAAUUGUUUUAACAAUGUGAAAGCUGAGUUAUGUGAUUCAUAAAGCUAAAAUUAAAAUAUGACUUGAGAUUCCAAAAGCAUUUAUUUGCAUGAUGAAGCCUAAUAUAAUGCAUAUAGAACGGCCUAAAAUUCAAGUUUAAUAACAAAUAUAUUGCUGUAUGGAGUUUUGUGAUAUUGAAUAUACACAACAGUUCAAAAAAUAAAAGGGUUAAUAGUUGCAUUUUAGGAGUUUUAGUUUUCUCAGAGCAGUUUUUCUUACCAUUUAUAAACUGCUACAUUUAUUAAAGUUUUUUUUUUUUUACAUUUAUUUUUUAUUAUGAUAUAAUUUAUUAUUUUUAGACAUACAAAAUGAUUUAUAAACAAACAACACUAUUUAAACCACUGUGGUGUUUCUAAUUAUAUUGCAAUAAUUGAUAAAUAAAAAUAAUACUAUGUUGAGAUGCCUUUCAGAUUUGUUUACCCUUCAAGUGCAUUAAAAAAGUAUUCUAAUCUUUUUCUUGCUGUGCUGCCUUGAAAGUCUUCUAAUAUUACCUCCAUGGAGAUUGCUCAUGCAAUAAAUGAUUCAAUAAAGCCUUGUGACUAAAUUAAAAAGUCUGAGAUCACUUACUUACAAAUAUACAUCGCUACUCAUAAUUAAAAAUUGAACAUCUCUAACAUCCAAACUAUAUGACUUGCAGAGCAUUUAGCCUUUCAGCUGUCAAUCAAAUCCUCCAGUCACUAGCCAUCACGAGAUACAGAGGUGUUACCUUUGAAGACAAGCCUCCCUCCAUCCUGAUCUAAA